ACGGAGCUUCGAACACUUCUGGAUGGAGCUGGAACCGAGUAAGAUUGUGGACUUUCACUAUGAAUACACCAACGUGGACGAUAAGCCGGCAAAGCUGGUGUACGCAAUCGAAAUUCCGUACAAAGGAAGUGUGGCCGAGUUAAGCCACCAGAUCGUGUCCGUUCGGAUGGAUCCAAUCAUGAAGUUUCUCCGGGCGGAUCGGAACCUCCUCCAAACGCUGCAAUCAUUUAUCGAGCGUGAAAAUCAAACGUUCUACGACGAUCGGGAUGAGCUUUUGCUGGAAAAGUUUCGCAAUGGAACACCGGACGUGGACUCGUUGGCGCUCGACACGGAGAAACUCUACCGCGAGGAGAUACUCGAGUUUGCCGAUCGGAUUGGACCCACGGAUGAGGAAAUAUUCGCCCAAAGUUACCAUCAGCUGGUGCAUUCGUCACUGCUGCCAGAAAUAUUAAGCAAAGAGCGUGAGUAUGCGCGUACCAUUUCUAGUUUGGCCACACAAAUGACACAGCAGAUAACCACGAUGAACACACUGCAUCAGGAGGAGAUAGAUUCGAAAAUUAAACUGCUGGAUAUAUCGAUAACACCGGAAAAUAUUAACCACAUGUUGGCCAAACAGUACGGCAUGCAGAAUAUGAUCCGGAAGCAGUGCGAGUCGGAGCUGGAAUCUACGCGGGGACAUCAGAAGCACGAGUACCGUAACUGGGUAACGCAGCAUGUGGACGAAAGUUUUCUGGCCCAUUCCGAAAGCCCCACCCAGAUCGGUAACCGGUGGUCAAUGAUUUCCACCCAGGCCCCAUCGAUGGAGGAAAGCUUCACCAUCCAUCUGGGGUCACAGCUGAAGCAUAUGCAUAAUAUACGCAUUCUCAGUACGCGCGUGUCGGAUCUUUGCAGUCCCCUGUACGGUGAUGCAUCGUUCGGUGGACCAAAUGUGGCAUUGGGGCUGUAUUCCAGCUCGCUGUGUGGUAUCGUAGUGCUAACGCCGUCCGGUAAGAUAACGCCCGAUCGGGAGAUACGACGAAAUGCCAACAUGUCGACAGAAUUUCACUUCGAUCAGAUCGAUCGACAGAUUGAAAAGAUACAGGAAGAUUUGCGGAACCUUCAGCAUGGUUCUGCGGUUGAGGCGGGUGGUGCUCAAAGCCUAGCGGCGGCUGCUGGACGGCGGCCAGAUCGUACGGUGGUGACAGUAAAGCCGGGCGAUGCAUUUAUUACGCGCCAUUCCAAUCUGUCUCACUCGCAUGUCAUCUUUCAUCUCAUAUCGGAUGAAACAUUCCAAAGCCCAAGUGAAAUAAAUUCCCGCCAUCCUGUGAUAUUGGGGUUGCGCAAUAUAUUGAAAAUCUCCAGCAGGCAUGACAUCACCACGUUGACCAUUCCGGGUCUACUGAGGCACGAAAUGUCCGAGGAUAUGACCGUCAGUUGGUGCAUUCGGCGUGCGGAAUUGGUGUUUAAAUGCGCCAAAGGGUUCAUGAUCGAAUCAGCCAGCUGGGGUGGAGCUGAACUGAACACGUUGCAGCUACUGUUACCACACGACAUUUCCGAGGAGUUGUUCCGUACGCUCGCCGACAUGGUACCGCACGUGUUUCGUGUGGCAAAUCCAAAAAUUCUCCAAUGAAGUGUAGCUGUUGAGUGUAGGAAUCUCGGUAAUAAAGGAGAAACUAUCGCAAUUUGAAAUGAAAUAUUUCCUAUCGCAGAGGUUAUAAUGUAUGCUCCAGAGAAAUGUUACGUCAACGUUUGGAAAUUUAGCUACCAUUGUAAUAUAUAUAUGUGAACUGAUUUGUAAGCGCAACGUAGAUUGUUUUCCGUCCUGAAAUGAUAUCAUAUCAGUCAAAUAUUCAUGCAAAUCAUGCAAAGUUGCAUUGCAGUGAAAGAUCAAAAACUGCUUACCUUUGGCGAAAGAUCAGAAUCAGCAACUAUUGCAAAACGUGGUGCAUAGAUGUACGAGAGCCGAUUAUCCUAUCCACUAGACGAUAUGGGAAAAAUGCAAAUUUGUAUCAGAAUGAAGUUUUGCAAAUUGCAACUUUACCCUAGAACAGCGGUCGGUAAAGUACGGUUCGCGAGCUGUGCACGCGGCUCUCUAUGCCCUUUUCAUUGUAGUUCUUUGUCAAAAAUGAUCU